AUGGGAAAAAUCUGCACCACAACGGUGUUGCUGGGGCUUUCUCUGUGUCUGAUCGUCCUCUAUCUCAGUAAAGACUUUGCUGCCAAAACAGCCAUUUGGAUCCCAAAAGCUGUGAGAGAGGGGAGAAGUGAAAUAAAAAGAUCCACCACGAACAUCUCCUACGUAUACUCCUUCCCGAAAUGCCAACAAAACACUUCCGCUGCCAAAGUGGAAAACUUCAGCUCUCUUCCUCUUCAUAUUCAAGACUUUCUCUACCAUAAGCACUGUCGACAUUUCCCCAUGCUGCUGGACGUUCCUGACAAAUGCGGAGGAGCUGAUGAAUCUGCAGAGGUCUUUCUCCUCCUGGUCAUUAAAAGCAUCCCUGAUAACUUUGAACGCAGAGAAGUACUGCGCAAAACCUGGGCUACAGAGAGGCUGCACAAUGGUGUGCAGAUCCGGAGGAUCUUCAUCUCAGGAGCGACGGGUUCUGGUUUUGAAAGAGAGAGAAAGAACAGACUUCUUGAACUGGAACAAAAUGAGUACAAUGACAUUCUUCAAUGGGACUUUAAAGACACGUUCUAUAACCUCACCUUAAAGCAGGUGCUCUUCCUAGAAUGGAUGGAAAGAAACUGUCCGAAAGCUCGCUUCUUGCUAAAUGGAGAUGAUGACGUUUUUGCCAACACAGACAACAUGGUUGAGUAUCUCCAAGGCCUCAGGGACAAUGAUGGAAGCAAGCACCUCUUUACCGGACAUGUGCUUAAGAAAUUGGGGCCCAUCAGAUCACCAGGGAGCAAGUACUAUGUCCCGGUACAAGUGCAGGAGUCAAACUCUUAUCCCCUUUAUUGUGGUGGUGGAGGCUUCCUCCUGUCGGGCUAUUCAGCUAUGGUCAUAAACAACAUGUCCAAGUCCAUCCCUUUUAUUCCUAUUGAUGAUGUUUACAUGGGGAUGUGUAUGGCCAAAGCAGGAUUAGGUCCAGUGUACCAUAUGGGUGUGAGGACAUUAGGAAUGUACAUUCCCUCGCGUAAACUAGAUGAAUUUGAUCCCUGCUAUUAUAAAGAGAUUUUACUGGUGCACAGAUUCCUUCCAAGCGGCAUCUAUCUUAUGUGGCAAAGAAUAAAUGACCCCAAUCUAAAAUGUGUAUCGGCAAAAAAAAAUUUUUGGUAG